GAAAUUCUCAAAAUUCAGGUAUAAAUUAUCCGGAUAUUUUUAAUUACCAAUAUUCAGCAACUGAAAGUCUAAGCGAUAACAACAUUCUACAAAAAAUCUUAAAACUUAAAGUUUUUAAAAUAUUAAAAGUUUAAUAAUUAAAUAAGGUUCAAAUCCUAUUGAACAAUACAAAUUGGUAAAAAACAUAAAUAAUGGAUUUCGACUGGGAAACCGUUAGAUUCGACUUUAACUUAGAAGAAAAUCAUUUCACAAGUCACGACCUUUAUGUACCAGAAUCAAAUCAAUCAGUUGAUCAACAAACUCAACAAAACAUUCAACCCGUCAAAAGAUCCAGAGAGGAAAUGGAACAGGACGAAGUUUUCGUAUUUGAAGUUCCAGUAAAAUCAGAUGACAUGAACAAAAGUGUUGUGUCAAUUGCAUAUCAAGUUCCUCAUAAUCCCGAAGAAAUAAUAUAUGAAGACAACAACGAUUUUAAUCCAGACGACCUCAUUGAGGAAGAAAUUUUUGAAGACGACGAGGAUGUAAAAUAUCCACAACAAGAAAAUCACAUUGAGUACAAAAAUGCAUCAGGAGACAUAAUUUACUACUGUGAAUCGUGCUCACUUGACUUUCCAUCAAUCGCUUAUUUGCGUAGACAUCAGAAUACAAAGAAGCAUCAACGUGCUUUGGGGAUGGAACGACGUGGAAAGAAAGUCAACCAGAAAAGAAAAUAUGUCAGAAAGAAUGAAGUCAAGCAUGGUUUAAGCUUCAAUGUGAAGCAAGAGGUCAGAAAAAUUACUGACAUAUUCCAAGUUAAGCAGGAAGUAAAAAGAGUUCCUCAAGUUGUUAAGCAGGAAGUAAUAAGAAUUCCUCAAGUUGUUAAGCAGGAAGUAAUGACAAGUCCCUGGUAUAACCAGUCUGACGUUCGACAAGAUGUCAGUUCAAUUACUGAGCUUACACAAGAAGAUAUUGAAAUCUUGCAUGCAAUUGAUGAUCAAAUAUUCAUGCUUGAGUCUGAAAAAACAGCAAAAGAUUUUUACGAGAACUUCAACUUUGACGACGAUGACACACCAAUCGAAAAAGUAAAACAGUUCUCAACCGUUGAAGAUAUAUUGACAGAUCUGAUUGCAAGCAGUGAGCCAUUCUUCAAGAAUAUGCCAAGCAACGUAGUUCCAAAAUCACAGGCAAUUAAACAAGUUCCACAAUUUUCAGAGCCAAUGGUUCAAGUUCCACAAUUCUCCCGGCCAAUUGUUCAAGCCCAACCACUAGUUUAUGUCAAGCCUGCUGUUCAUAUCCAACAUCAGCAAAGAAUUUUACAACAACCAGCACAAAUGAUGAUAAAAGAAGAACAACCAAAAUCAAAGAUUCAAUGUCAAAUGUGCCCAAGAACUUUCAACCUACGCUGUCACUUAACACAGCACAUGAACAUCGUUCACACUGGAAACAGGAACUUCAAAUGCACAAAGUGUGGAAAGAAAUAUCCAUCACAAGAAUUACUUAACCAUCACAUGGAAAAGCACUUAGGUGACAAGCCAUUCAGAUGCUCAAAAUGUGUAAAGUCUUACAACAACAAAGUCGACUUAAAGAGACAUUUUAAGACUCACGAAGAAAUCAAGGAUCACAUCUGCAAGAUCUGUGGAGGUGGCUUCGUUCGCUCUGAUCAUCUUGAAAAGCAUUUGAUAAUACAUCAAAAGCAUAAUAGAGUAGAACUUGGUGACAGAAUUAGAAUUAGGAAAGGACUACCUACUAAGAAUGUUAUUUGUUGAAGACUGAUUGGCAACUCUGUAGUGUAAAAUAUGUAAAUAAAAUUUAAAUCAAAGAA